ACCAACUUUCUUUUCCAUAGUAUUUUCUUAGCAUCUUUCUCUCCAUUCUUCUUUACCUCCAAAAAAAAAACUCCAAACCAAACAAAAAAAAUUUUGGCAAAUAAUGUCAAAUUUUUUUCUUCAUUCACUAGCCUUAGUUAUUAUUUUUAUUUCUGUAGAAAUUGUUAAACCAGAGCUUAUAGUACACAAUAAUGUUAGUGAUUUUCUGAAUUUGAGAAUAGAUAAUAGAGAAUUAUUGAGUAAGUGCAAUUUAUUUCAAGGCCAAUGGGUUAUUGACCCUUCAUUCCCUCUUUAUCAAUCUUCAAAUUGCCCAUUUAUUGAUCCAGAAUUUGAUUGUCAAAAAUAUGGAAGACCUGAUAAAGAGUACCUCAAAUAUGCUUGGAAGCCUAGUUCUUGCAACUUACCAAGAUUUGUUGGAAUGGAUUUCUUGAAAAGAUGGAAAGGAAAAAAAAUAAUGUUUGUGGGUGAUUCAUUGAGUUUGAACAUGUGGGAAUCUUUAGCUUGUAUGUUACAUUCAUCAGUGCCAAAUUCCACCUAUUCUUUUACCAGAAAAGAAUCAAUUUCUUCUGUGACUUUUCAGGAGUAUGGAGUAACUUUAUUCCUUUAUAGAACCCCAUAUUUGGUAGAUAUAGUAAGAGAGACAAUUGGAAGAGUGUUGAAAUUGGAUUCUAUUCAACAAGGUGAUGCAUGGAAAGGAAUGGAUAUGUUGAUUUUCAACUCUUGGCAUUGGUGGACUCACAAGGGAAAAUCUCAAGGAUGGGACUAUAUGCAAGAAGGCACAAAAGUGUCAAAAGAUAUGGACCGUUUGAUGGCAUUUUACAAAGGCCUAACAACUUGGGCAAGAUGGGUUGAUCAAAAUGUUGAUUCUUCUAAAACCAAAAUCUUCUUCCAAGGCAUUUCUCCCACUCAUUAUAUGGGCAAAGAAUGGGGUUCAUCAACAAAGAAUUGCAAUUCAGAGCAAAUGCCACUAUCAGGAUCAACAUAUCCAGCAGGAUUACCAGCAUCUACUGUUGUUGUUAACAAAGUACUAAGUAGUAUUAAGACACAAGUUUAUCUCCUUGACAUCACAUUUUUGUCACAAUUAAGGAAAGAUGCUCAUCCAUCAGCAUAUAGUGGCCAACACCCUGGUAAUGAUUGUAGUCAUUGGUGCCUUCCUGGUCUACCAGACACUUGGAACCAACUUCUUUAUGCUUCAUUGGUUAUGUAAAAUUAGAAUUUAACUUAUAUACACGGACGGCAUAAAGAAUAUUUUUUACAUUAUUAGGUCAAACAAAAGAAUAUGUACGAAUACUUAUUCAUGAAAAAUAGAAUUUGUAAUCUUGAAAAUAACAUGUCCUACGGUUCGGAAUCUUCUAAAAUAUUAAUGGAUGUGUGUCGAAUUCACCAAAAAUGGUGCGUUUGCAGAGAAUCCAACACAUACAGUAAUAUUUUUGGAAAAUUCGAACAACGUAGGUUCUUGUAGGAGUGCUUUUUUUAAUUGUUUGUUGUUUUCACAAGUAUUGGUGCAAUGUUAUCUAUUUUAAUUAGAGACUCAAAUUGUAAACCAUUGAAUUGAGGUACCAAAAAUUGUUUUGGGAUGUAAUAAAGUACAUAGUUAAAGGGGUCCCCUUUAAUUAGUUC